CCACUUCAACUGUCCAACCACCAACCAAACAACAACACCUGGCCAAGCCUCACCAGCCGAAAGACAUCACACCACAUAGCAAACCCAUCCACAUAGAUCGUCGAGGAAAGGAACAAAUAAUCAUAUCAUCAUCAAAGCUCGAAUUGAGGAUGUUUUCGUUCCUUGGGUUCCAGACCAAGACCAACAAUGCCAGUCAUCUAACAGGAGUGCCAGAUGAGAACCAAAGGCCUAUGGAAGGGGAAGACUCUGCCGACCUCCCGCCGCUCUUCCCCGCCCAGAACUCGAUCCAACGGCUUUCCUCCACCCACCCCAAACCAUCAUCAUCAUCAUCUGCCACAACAACAAGAACCAACCAUCCGAUCUUGAGAAUCGACUCGCCUGAUGAUGAAGAUCAGAAUGAUGAAGAUGAGAAUGAUGGGAUGCCAGAUCUAGAUGAGCUCGAAAUCGACGCGCUGUCGUUGCCCCAUUCGACCCGCAAGAGGCCCCCCAAGCCCCGCAAAAAGGUCCAGUUGAUGCCCGGUUUCAGUCAGCUCGAUUGGGCUAAAUUGAAAUCUAGUGGGGCUAACUUGAGAGGAGAAGAAGUGACGAGUUUGCGCAGGAUAACGCGGAGCGAGCUAGCGACACACAAGACGAAAGAAGAUGCCUGGACGAGUUUCCACGGGAAAGUGUACAACAUGAGUGCCUACUUGAACUACCAUCCGGGCGGGGUCCGGGAGCUCAUGCGGGUGGCGGGGAAGGACGGCACGGAACUGUUCAUGAAAACCCACGCUUGGAUCAGCGUCGACGCCAUGUUGGAUUCUUGUCUCUUGGGCUUCCUCGUCAAUGAUUAGGCCCUUCUCUUCUCUUUUCAUCCCCAUUUUCUCGAUCUCUCUCUCUCUCAUGUUUUGCGCGCUUUAAAGCCCUCCUUGGAUACCCAUAUAUCUUCUCCACUCCCUUUUUUCACACAUUAAUGUAGAGAUCUUCGUCUUCACAAGCAUCUUUUCUUAUCUCUCUCCCUCUCAUAUCUUUCGUAUUUCUGGAAAGUGUAUAUUAUAAGGUAUCUCCUGAGGCUGUUUUUCUUUUUUCAUGAACCCCUCCCUCACUUCUGAAUCCAACAUCGGCAUCCAUUCUUCCCUUGAACAUUGAGUUUGUAGCUUGAAAUAGACCUAUGAACAUUCCUUUCUUCUAUAAUGCAAAAAUCCCACAUCUAAAACCGCAUCACAGUUGUGUCUUCAAUAUAGAUUCCUCACCCAGAUAUCUUCUAUUUUUUUCUUAUAAAGCUUGAAUAAGAAAACUGAUUUACAUGG